AUGAAGUUAACAAGUUUCUGUCAGAUAAUCUUGUUCAUUAUGCUCUAUAGUUCAUCAACCUUUGUCACUUCUCAAGAUUCAUGCUCCUCUAAAUUGCAGCAACUUCAGCUUCCUAUCCCUUUCGAUACAAGUUCACUCCUCUGCAGUUCUGUUUGGCCUGCUCACAGUUUCAUCCUUAGAUAUGCUAAGGCUUCAUCAGAUGUGUGGAGCUUCAUAUUUUCAUUCCCAUUAGACCCAAAAGCUUAUGCAGCGAUAGGGUUCUCGAAAGAUGGAAGCAUGGUGGGUUCUAGUGCCAUUGUGGGGUGGAUGCCAUCUCCAGGUGCUGGGGGCAUGAAAUAUUACUAUCUGGGUGGAAAAUCAAAAGAUGAAGUGAUUAAAGACAGAAGUGAUCUUUAUAUUAUGAAUGCAUCAUUUGUUCCAGCAACUGGUUCACUUGGUUACUUGAUCUUCCAAUUGAAGACCACUCAACCUUCUUCCAAUCUCAUAUUUGCCAUUGGACCCAAUGGCCAGUUUCCUGAUUAUCCAAGCUAUGACUUGCCCAAACAUAUUGAUCAGACAUCAGUAACCAUUGAUUAUUCAAAAGGAGGUUCAACUAAAAACAAUUCUAAUCUAAAUCUUCGAAGAAGCCAUGGAGUUCUGAACAUUAUGGGAUGGAGCAUUCUAAUGAUUAUAGGAUCCAUAAUUGCACGAUACUUCAAAGAAAGGGAUCCCAUGUGGUUUUAUCUGCAUGCUUCAAUUCAAGCAUUUGGGUUCCUUGCUGGCAUACUUGGAGUUUUAUGUGGAUUGCUCUUAGAUAGGAAUCUCGAAGUCACUCAUCACAAAAAUGUAGCAUUCCUCAUCAUCAUCCUUGGCUUCCUACAGGUGUUAGCCAUUAUAUUAAGACCAGGAAAAGAAUCAAAGAUAAGAAAGUAUUGGAAUUGGUAUCAUCAUAAUGUGGGGAGGAUUUUGAUUAUCUUUGCAAUUCUUAACACCUUUUAUGGACUCCAUUUGGGAGGAGAAGGAUCUAAGUGGUUUCUUGCUUAUGGAGUCACUAUUGCUAUCUUGGUCAUUGUCUUUGUGUUCUUGGAGAUAAGAAUGAGAAUCAUUGCAAGAAGAGACUCUAAGUCAUAUCCUCAAUCCGUGGAGAUGCCUUAUUAGCUUAAACAUGUUUAUUUUGAAUCCAAAAUCAUUCAUAUUUUGUAAUGUAUCAUAACUAUUUACCACAUCCCCAAAUACAAGUUUCAAUAUGGAAAUGAGAGAAAAAAGGAAUAUAAUUAAUUUAAAGA